AUGGAUCGAUUCCGGAUGAUCUUCCAGUACUUCCAGUCUAAUUCAGAAUCAGUGAUGAAUGGGAUUUGCGGGCUUCUGGCACUGGCUAGUGUCAAGAUUUACACCUCCUUUGACUUCAACUGCCCCUGCCUCCCUGAGUACAAUAUGGCGUAUGGCUUGGGGAUAAUGUUUAUUCCUCCUGUGGUCCUGUUGCUCUGUGGUUUCAUUGUCAACAGACAGUGUGUGGUGGCCAUCGAGGAGUGGAAGAGACCCACUGGGAACAGAAAGAAGAACAUGGCUAUUAUCAGGUACAUUUGUUCCUCCAUCCUGCAACGGGCUAUGAUUGCACCCAUUGUUUGGAUCCUAGUCACCCUUCUUGAUGGGAAGUGCUUUGUCUGUGCCUUCAGCAAUUCUGUUGAUCCUGAUAAGUUUUCAGGUUUUGCCAACGUUACCCCUGCCCAUGUGCAGCUGUUGCUCUCCAAGUUCCCUUGCAAGGAGGAUGAGCUCAUAAUGAACAACACUUCCCGCAAAGCAGUGUCCAGGUACCUCAGAUGCUGGUCACAGGCUCUUGGCUGGAGUAUACUGCUGAUGCUUAUUUUGAUAGCUUUCCUUGCCCGGUCUCUCAGGCCCUGCUUCAAUCAAGCUGCCUUCCUGCAGACUCGCUACUGGAGUAACUACAUUGAUAUUGAGCAAAAGAUAUUUGAUGAAACUUGCUGUGAGCAUGCUCGGGACUUUGCACACAAGUGCAUCCUCCAUUUCUUUGAGAGCAUGCAGAAAGAAAUCAAGCUAAGGCGGUUCAAUGCCCACAGAGAAGAAGAGGAAGGCAAAGAAGGGGAGAAAGAUCACUUGCGAGGUAUCACCAAUGAGGAGCAGAUGAACGAACUCCUUCAGUCAUGGUACUACAGCAAACCGCGGCUGGAUCUGAGCCGAACAACCCAGCAGCAAUGCCUGAGCACAGACAGGACAUCUAUGCAUUUGGUAGACACCACGACUAAUAGGUGGCAUCCCCAGCCAAGGUCUACAACUACAAGACAAACAGAUGUUUAA